AUGUCUUCAUCUUCAGGCGCUCCUGCGCCGAUUUUUUCAUAUGCUCAAGCAGCAAAAGGUCUUGCUUCAGCAGCUUCCACACAGUCACACUCAAGGACUGAGAGCCCUGCCGCGUCCGACAAAAGUGUUAAGGAUCGCUCCGUUGGGGACUCAACCAACACAACCACUUCACUCAAGUCUCCACGACUGAGAUCCCAGACAGGCGACAGAGUCGGUGGAGAAAGUGCCGUGGGCAUUACUUCUUCACCUGCAGAAGGUCUUGCGGCAGCCGGUCCACUAGAAACCGCGAACAAGGAAGGCGCAACACAUAAUCAGCAAGCCCCGUCAAAUGACAGCGCGAGUUCGCCCACAUCACAUGGCGAUGGCCACUCGCCUCAAGAUACACAACAAGGUGAAAUUGCACAACAGUUACCCAAUGGUCGAAUAGCCUCUUCAGACGAGUCGACCGGGCCAGCUACGCACGACCAGGAGACCCCCAACCUGAGUGAGAAGAAAUCCAGGGAUGGUGAAGAAGAUUGGGAAAAGGUUUCAGUGCCGUCGCUACCAGCAGCAGAAGCUCAGUACAAAGCGGCCCCUAUUCCAUCGGUCAAUGUUUGGCAAGUACGAAGAGAGGCCCAGGCCGCGAAGAAGAAAGAAUUCCAGAAGGCAAUUGUUCCGGCCGCUCUCAAUGGGACCAGAAAGUCUAGAUCUGCUAGCGAAGAUCUGAAACGCAGCUCCAGCACCAAAGAGGUCGGUAGCAUUGAGAGGGAAAGCAAGAAUAUUGAGAGCACCACAGCCAGCCAUCGACGAGAGAUGUCAUCUGCUCGCUCCCAUCGACCCAAUUCUCAGAUUGGUGAAAGAGCAGACGCAGACGCGCCACCACCAGUGAUUGAUACCAGUUCAUGGCCUACUCCAGAGAACUCAACCUUCGACGACCGUCGCAAAUCUGCGUCUUAUGACAGACCCGAGAAGCUAGAUGCCAAGCCGGGUCCCCAGAAGUCACAUGGCAACAAGUGGGUUGCCGUGCCGUUCGUUCCUACGGCAAAGUUCGAGACACAACUGCCACCAGCGGCAGCUCGCCGUGGCGGUCGAGGCGGCAUAAGAGGAGGCAGGGACAAUGGCGGUCGUGGUGGCGGCUUCGCAAGCGCCUCAGCUGAGAAGCAAGAUGUAUCGACCUCUAUGGGCCCACCUCCGCUACCAAGACAGUCAGGCGAACAAGACCGAGGCCGACGGUCAGAUGCUCAGCAAGGUGUUCGCGGUGCUUCUGUCCCUACCAACAGCACGCGACCUGCAAGUGGUGAGGAUCCCGUUAGCACUUUUCGCAAGUCUAGUACAGUUGAACACAAGGAACAAUCUGUUUCUGAGAAUGUUGCAGGUGUCCCGCCAACAGUUCAGCAAACUGUCGAAGAUCAAGCCAUUGGGACUGAGCAGAGCUCAAGAUCGUCCUCAAGACAUACCGGCAAUACUAGUAAUCGACGUCUGAACGGCGAAAGAAACACCCCAGUCGACCAACCAGCUGGUGGCAUUUCUCAGUCAAAGGAACCCAAUCUAAAGUACUCGCUCAAUACUGACCGAAACAAUAAAACCCCUGCGACGGGCGCUUCGCGUGGCAAUGGUGAGUUCGGACGGGAUCGAGGCUCUGGCAAAGUUCGCGAUUGGUCAAGAGACAAACCUGAGUCGGCCCGAGAAAAGGUCGAGUCCUGGCGCGAUCGUGAAUCAUCAGGCGAUCAGGGCGGCCGACGUGGAGGUCGCUCGGAGCGCGGACGUGGCAGCUAUCGUGGCCGCGGCGAACACUCUUACAACCAGCCCUUUACUUCCUCUCAUGCUUACACGUCCCCUUUGCCCCAGAAUGGGUUUGAGCCGCCAUCGAGAUCUACCUCGCGCACGGACGCUCGUUCAAGGCAAGCAUCGCAGCCGUUCGUACCAAGUCAGGCUACGAACACACCACGCGCAAACCCACGUUCGCAGUCGAUCCCUAUCGGUAUGAUGUUCCCAGGCUAUUACAAUGGCAUGCCGGCCAUGCCUCAACAGGGUCUCCCAUCCAUCCAGACGGAUAUGUCUAUGUACGGGUACCCCUCUCAGAUGCAGAUGCAGCCGAGCAUCAUGAGUGCGAUGCCGUACAAUGAUCCCCUCAAUUCAUACGCGUUGCUAUCCAUGGUUAUGACACAGAUUGAAUACUACUUCUCAAUCGACAAUCUCUGCAAGGAUCUGUUCCUGCGGAAGCACAUGGACGGUCAGGGCUACGUUCCUUUGAGCGUUAUAGCCAAUUUCAAACGCAUAAAGACUCUUACCCAAGACAACUUGACGAUAGACAAUCUCCGCUACGUCUGCCAACAGGUGAAAAGCGUCGAGUUCUUGCCUGGAACUGACGGGGACGAUCGUCUUCGUCGCCGGGAAGGCUGGCGUGAUUUUGUGCUUCCCAUGGAAGAAAGAUUCGAGACCGCUCGCAACGACGGACCUUCCCACAACGCCGAGUCUUACAGUCGCCAACCGCAACAGGAUCAGGCUGGUGUUUUCGACCCAACCUUUGGCUAUGGUCAAUUGCGCAGUCCGCCAUUAACCAUGCCAACCAGCAACGGUGCAUUCCAGGCAAAUUCUCCACUGUCCUUCUUGCCUGCAGGUCUCGAAGAGAACCAGAUCGCUCUGGGACAGCCGGUCAGUCCGUUCGAUGAAGGUUUGAACGGCGUUGCUGGUAGACCACCGGUAGCAGCCUACUCACGGAUCCCGGCAAAUGCGGCCAGAUCACCUCCUCCCAAUACUACAACUCCACUAAGCAACAUUGUCAAUGGCCAUCACCGCCAGAGUUCUCGUCCAGAUAUCGAGGAGAACGUCUUCCCAGAUGACCAAAUCCCAAAUGUCAAUAUCCGGAUGCAGCCACAUACUCUUAGUGGUGCAGCCCCAUCUUUUCCUGGAAUUGCUCGCGUCGGUUCAGGGGGCUCUUCGAGUGGACGCAAUGAAGCGAGCAAUGUGCCCCCUGAGAUCAGCCAGUCUCGUCUACCAGGCUUGCGUGGUGGUGCGUCCAGUCCCCAGCAGCUCGAGCAAUUUCGGGGUAUGUCCUUUGACAGCUCAAACAACGCGCCACUCACAGAAGAGAGCGUCAUUUACUUCACAAAGGAUGGCCAUGAGACCCAGCUGCCGCCACCCCAACCUGGACAAUACGACCAAACCUAUCUGUCCCUCCAUGAUGUUGCCUUUCAGCAGCGUCAAAUGGGUAUCAAAGAUGCUCUGGAGCCCCUUUAUAAUUUCUGGACGGACUUCUUGGUCGAUAAGUUCAACCUCGGAAUGUAUCAGGAGUUCAAAAACACCGCCGUGAGCGAUCUCCAAGAAGGCAGCGACAGCGGCAUGUCCCAUCUCGUGCGCUAUUUCGGAAAGGUCCUUUCAGGGCCUGUUCCCAUUAGUGAACGUCUUGCUGAGGACAUGGUACACCUUUCACGAGAAGAACAAUCGGAAAAGCGUCCAGUCCUCCAGGCUAUGCGAGCUGCCUGGCGAAACGGAGCGACCAACAUGAAAACAAUCAAGAGACUUGGUGACGUCCUCAGUGCGGAGGAGAAAGCCGAGCUCGACAAGAGUGGCUGA